UAACCGCUGAUAAGAUGCGGACUCUUCUAUUUCUGAUUUUUUACUGAGCCGAGUUUGACCGAUUUAUUCACGUGUUGUUUGUGGAAAUUGUCAAAUAUUUGAAAGCACUGGCUCGGAUCUGCUUAUGAUGCUAAGCCAGAUCAGACAGAAAAAGAAAAAAGAGGCUGUUAGGCGAUUAUCCCAAGGACCAAGCAAGGUUAAGAAGACAUCUCCAGGAUUCACAGACAACCCCAAUAGAAGCACAUCAUUACGAGAACCCAGCAAUGUACCAGCAGGUUCUGUGUUUGGUGGCACUACAUUUAGACAACCUGUAUUUGGAUCAGCACAGCCAGCUCCAACAACUCCAGUGUUGGGAAACUCAGGGGAAGUAUUUGGAUCAAGACAAACAGACACUUUUGGUGCUGGAUUGGAGAAGGGAAACUUUAACUUAAAAAGCUCACAGGAGACCCAGGGAAAGGGUGUAUUUGGGUUCAAUAUCUCUACAGCUUCUACUGAAAUACCUAGAAGUACGUUUACACAAGCUUCAUCUGUUCAACGCUUGUUUGGAACAAGCCAGGAUGAUGCAGGAGUUGGAGUAUUCUCUGGUAGUGCACCGGGGAAUUUUUCUGCAACAUUUACUCCAAUUUCAACUACAUCAUCUGUGUUUGGGGCAAGCUCCUCUAAGGGACGAUCAUUUAGUUUCGGCCAACCGAAAGAAAUAAAACAGGCUGCACCUUUUGGCUUUCCCAUAACCCCAACCAUAGAAUCCUCAAAGGAGCACAAUGUGUUUGGUGCUGCCACUGUUUCUAGAGGGCCCAGCGUGUUUGGAGCUAACCCAUUUGGAAAAUCAACCCCCUCCCUUAAGAGAACAAGCCCACAUAAUAAAUCAGGCAACCAACAGACGAGUCCCACUACAGACAUCUCAGCACUGAAAGGCCUGGUGAUAAGGGAGAUUCCAGAAGCAUUCAACAAGAACCCCUGGCUAAAGAGAUUUUACUCCAGAUUUGGGGAAGUGGCUAAAAUCAUAUGCUACCCAGGGAAGAAGAGUGCUUCUGUGAUAUUUAAGACACAUGCAGCCGCAGAGCAAGCUAAGAGAAAGGGAACAGUCCUCCUUCCUGGCACUGCCCCAGUGAGCAUUUUCUGGAAGCAGGACAAAAAACGUUCUAGAACAGGAAGAACAUCAGAUCAAUCCAAUGUAGCUUCUGAGGAAGGCAAACAGAUGGUUACCAAAGGGCUCAUGGUGAAAGCAAAGGACAGCAGUGGUGAGCAGACAGAAAUUCUCAAGGAUUCAGAUCUGUCAAGUCUUCCUACAGCACUCUCGGCUGGAGAUAGGUUCAGGAUCUUGGAUAUGAUUGACAAGAAAAUAAGACAAGGUGUUAAAAAGGCGACAGAUAUUUCCACAGCUAAGGCUGUCAAAGGAGCAUGUCCUGAUAUGUGUCCUGAGAAGGAGAGGUAUAUGCGAGAGGAUCGACGGAGGCUGCAUGUUUUUGAAACUGUCCCUGGAUCUUACAGCAUGGAAGAGAAUCCCAAGGUAAAUCAUUCCAAGGCCAUCAAAGAAUACGACAGAUCUGCUGCUGACAAGGACGAGCCCCUGCCGCAUGAGCUCCGCCCUAUCCCAGUGCUCAAGAUGACAAUGGAUUACCUGGUCACAAAUGUUAUGGAUAUUGGUGAGGGCCGCUGGGCGGAGUGGUUCGAUUUUGUCUGGAACAGAACAAGAGGUAUCAGAAAGGAUAUCACUCAACAGCACUUGUGUGAUGUGGAUGCAGUAGAACUUAUCGAGAAAACAGCCAGGUUUCACAUCUUUUGUGCCCACUAUCUCUGUGGGGAAGAUAUGAUGACGUUUGACUCUCGCAUCAACACAGAGAAUCUCACCAAAUGUUUACAGACAUUGAAACAGUUUUAUGGUGACUUGCAGAAGAACCAGGGUGUAACAUGCCCCCACGAGGCAGAGUUCCGGGCCUACGACAUUCUACUGAACCUGAAUGAAGGUGACAUAUUGAGACAAGCCAUGAAGUACAGAGAGGAGAUCCAGAGAUCUCCGAUCGUCAAGUUUGCCACAAGUGUCUUCCAUGCUUUGGACAGUAAUAACUUUGUACGAUUCUUCAAGCUAGUCAAGUGUGCAGACUACAUGUGUGCGUGCAUUCUGCAUAGGUACUUUACCCAGGUGCGGAGCAUGGCACUUCGUACCAUGAACUAUUCCCUGACCACACCCAAUAAAGAGAUGUACUAUCCUCUGGAAGAACUCGCCCAAGUACUGGCAUUCGAGGAUGCGGACGAGGCAUCGGAUUUCUGCACGUUCUUCGGUCUGGAUGUAGCUGAGUCCUCUGUGAUCUUCAUGCGUGGCUCUUUUGUGGAGCCUGUCAACAAAUACCCCAUGAGGCGAACACAGCGACUGAUUGAAUCCAAGAGGAAUUACUCAAUCGGACAGGCUGUGCACAACGGCCCCCUACCCACCCCACCCACCCAUGAACCUGUUCUGAGUUUUGAUGAAAAAGGGAACUAUACCGGGUCAUAUCACAUGACCACACAGGCUACUCAUGAAUCUACAGCUGAGACAGACAACAAACUGGCACCAGAAAGUCUUCCAUGUGUUCCCGUUGAUAGUGGUUCUGCCAUGCUAGCCCAACCAGAACCAGGCUUUGCUGCUGUACCUAUGCCCAGGGCUGAGGAGCCAGAUUUGCAGUCAGCCGAACAACACCAAUACUCUCAGCAAGCUCUGACCGAGGAAGUGAAGUUUCUAGCUAAGGGAUUGUUUGUGGAGGUGAUCAAGGAGAUGUUCUAUGACAUCGCUGAGGAACUCAUGGAAAAGGUCCACGCGAGUCUCGCGUAUUCUAAUGAGCUCUCAGAAACUAUCGUUGAUGAGGGCGUAGCUGAAUUCUCAUCCGAAAUUGCAGAAAACUUACUUCUCGAUGAGAGAAGAAACCAGCUGCUAGCAGCCCAUGAAGCGGCGCUGAAGCAGAAGCUGAUAGGAGAGGUUCACGCUGAACUGCUAGAUGAGGUCGUCACCUUGGAGACGCUUAGAGUUGCCAUGGAGACAUACGGCAUAGAACAAGAGGAGCAAUACAAGCGAUGCCAAGAGCAAGUAGUACAACAGCUUUGCCAAGACUUUCUCAAGGAGACGGUGAGGGAGGAAGUGGCUAUCUUGACCAAAGAGUCUUACAGGGAGAAGAAGGCAGACAGGAAAUCCUCGCUACAAAAGAUCUGCCACCAAGUGAUGAAUAUCAGGAUGAAGAGAUACUUCAAAAGAUGGUUGAAGUGUUAUCAUUCCCUCAUACACAUCAAACAUCUACUGAGGGAAUUCCCGGCUCACCCUCCCCUUACCACCCCCCAGCAACAGCUAGCGCACUUAACCGGGACAAGAGGCACUGUCAGUGAGGGACCCCCUGUAAGGAUCGAUGGAAACGAAAACUGCACCAGUGAGUUAUUGGCGAAGAGACAAGCUGAACUGUCCAGGCUAAGAGCCGAUGUUAUAAGACCGCUGGACAUUCCACAACUUAUCGAGGACGCAAAAGCUAACCAGCAUGCAUUGAGGCCCGGACCCUUCAGGAACUCAGAAGACUGGAAACUAGUUGUGUCAUUCGCAGUGCCCUGUCAGCCUUUUAACCCUAACAGCAUAAGCAGUUCGAAAGUGUGUGUGGACGGGGCUUUGAUCAGGGAAAAGCUGAGACGUGGGACCCUUCCAGGUGUGGAUGGAAUACCAGCAAGCCUACAGGGAAAGGUAGAGGUACUUUCUCUGUACCGAGGGGAAGUUUCCCGGCAAUCAAGCAGACGACACCAAGUCUGCAUCAAGGCAUACCAUGGAACUCCAUCCCAUGCCGACUCGACUGAGCUGAUGACGUCACGCCAGCUGCAAGGAGCAUGUGCAAUAGCCGUUGUGUUCACAUCUGAUGACCUCGAUUCAUCCAAUAGAAUUCAAGAAUUACGCAUGAGUAUUAGCAGAUUACUUCAGAGCAAACCGGUUUUACCUGCUAUCCCAGUUUUACUCCUAAUGGUAGAAAACACCGCUAUAAAGAACAUGAUUAGCGACGAUUCAAUCUCAGCCAUGCUCGGUAAAGAUGAGUUGGUUGCGAGUGGCCUGGUGACAAGGAUCCGAAUCCACAGGGUUCCCAGAGUGACAGACUUCCAUAAUAUGGAUCACGUGCUUCAGGGCGGAUUAUCCUGGCUGAUUCAGCACUCGUUAUCGUUAUUCGACAUCAAGCAAGAUUCGCUGAAGAAUUUCACGGAAGAGGGUCUUCAAAAGUAUUUCUUCUCUUCUCUCUACGAUGACAUCGCUAUGAGGAAAAAAGCAGGCCUUGGUGAACAGUGCCCUGAGCCAGUGGUAUCACUCUAUAAUGCUACUGUCAAUCACCUGGCUGCUGUUGUCUCAUCACCCGGACUAGGUCACGUGUCCUGGCCGGCUCCUGAAUUCACUGCUGACCAUUCUGCGGACUCACCCUCUCUCGAGUGGAACUCCCCAUCUCAUCUUGCCACACUCAGGGAUUACGUCACAGACCUGAUGCUACCAGACCCACCCCCAGGGGCUGACGAUGGCACCUGGGAGUCGGAAUGUGCGCUUUGUCUCGAAUACGUGAAAACUAUCCCGUCAUGCACCUGUGGACUUGUGAUGAGAAUCAGAAACAUUCUUAACCGGAAGCUGAGAUCUAUGCAAGCCAUCGACUUCCUGUCCAGUUCUCGUCAGCUUAGCGCGUCCGAGGUGCCUUGGACCCAGGUGAUAGAAGCCUGCAUCUCUACAGUGGUAACGUUAUUACACUCCAACCCAGUCCUCUCCGAGACAAGUGUCUUCUAUUUGCCAACUGAGCUUGCGCUGUUUGAGCAGCCGCUGGAUUGGCGUGAUUGCGUGGGCUCGUCGAAGCAGGAUCGAUGCAAGGAGCUUUAUAAGUCCAGUUUACAGACGGCUAGCCCCGCCAAGCGAGAGUCAAUGCUACACCAAUCCGUGAUGUCGGUGGACCAAGAAAUGCACUCGAUCUGUGAAAAGUCCUUAGUAUCAGCACUGAGCCCAGUCCUAACUAUACCACAGGAAGACCAUGGAUCUCUCCACGAUCUUCAGCAGAGGCUGAGCGCUGUCUUGUGGCAUGAGCGACAGGAGUCCAAUAAUUUCGAACAUAUGUUGCAAUGCCUGGUUGGCGAAGAGUCUGUCACGGAUAGUGUAACGCAAUACCUCACACAAUCAAAGAAACGCAAGGCCGAAAGUCUUAUCGAGUUUCAAGGUACAAAGUCCAGUCGUCACCGGACAGACGGUUUGAUUUCGGGAUUACCGGACAGACGUCACGAGACAAUAGAGACACGCCUCUCGCAGCUCCAGGAAAGCAUCAGGGAUGAAAGGGAGUUUACUAGAGCGAUGGAGGAACGAAUGGCGUCGUAUUUAAAAAGCUGAGAAGUAAUAAAGAGGCUGCGAUGUGACCUUAGCGUUACAGGUUAUUUACGUGACAGAUCCGAGCGUGACAUAACGUGAAAGGCUAGGAUGUACUUCUAGAGUGUCUCAGAGUGUCUUGUAGGCAAGAAAGGCUGGAUACCGUAGAUGUUCGUUUUAGCGCCUUUGACGCGUAUUAUUGAAUUUUUUUGGCUCCCGGUGCGGAGCUCAAGUCAAGUUUUUUCUUUAGAGGGAUAAGUAACGCUAAUUUGGGGUAUGAAUCAGUAAUUAAGAAGUGUAGUAACGGUAAUGAUUAGGGUCAGAUACAUUAUGCCGGCAUAAUUUCAAGCAUUAUGGCAUAGUCGGAGCAUUGCGCAUGAAUAAUAUUUUCCUUUUUUCUCUUGUGUAAAUAAAGGUAAAUGUUAAGGCUGAUUAAGGGAGCACGAAUUAGUCGUGUGGGGCCUAUCUACGACAUGUCUUAGUCCUGAAUUUUACACCAUACGACUUUCUCAGUCAAGCAUCGUAGCGGAGUCGUAGUUUUUUUUUGUUAUUUUGAGCAUAAUGGCAUAUGGCCUAAUGGGGGACGGUCGAAAGAACAACGGUCAAAUGUUCGAUCAUAAUGUCCCCUAUCCCUAGUAAUGAUAAACGGAUGUUUUAGGACUGGCUAUUUUUGCUCAUUGGCAAUUUCUAGAGUUGCAUCCUGUGGCAGACGGUAUUUACGGAUUUGGGUAUUAUUCACUUGUGAAUUGACCACAAUGCCAAUGACCACGUGACCAAUGACCACAUGACCAAUGACCACAUGACCACAUGACCAAUGACCACGUGACCAAUGCAGGCGCAAUGAUAAUUUACCCUCCUGUAAGGCCUUGAGAGCCCAUGUGUCGCUACCCGCAGUUGCUUAUGCGGGUAAUAACGAUACAGUUUCCAAAAAAAGGAUAGUUUUUAUCUACGCUUAUUUUACCUGUUUAUUUGAUACCCAUGAAUCACUGCGGGUUACGAAAAAUGGAUUUCGUAGUACAACCACACUCAAUCGCAGCUGCCGCAAGAUCGCAUUCCAAUCGUGGGUAAUGAUUGAGUGCGAUCGUAUGGAAACCAGCCUUAUAAAGCGGAUCAUAAGACAAUCAUUAGAAAAUCAUAACAGUA